GCGCCACAGCCACCCUCCUCCCUGUUGCUGCGCUGGGGAAAGACUCGCCGGCUGCCAGAAUCGGGACGGGAGGGAAGGGGCAACCGGCGGAGCUGCUCCUGCGGCGGCUGCUCCCUCUGGGCCAACCCCGCCUCGGCGGCUGCAGGCCGCCAGGAUGAUGCCCCCGACGGCCGGCGAGUCGCCGCACCAGCUGCUAGGCCGGCUGCGCUUCCUGAGCGAGGCGAUCGGGUGCCUGACGCGCGCGGAGCCGCUGCCCGCCGCCUUGUGCUACGUGCCCCGCGAGGUGCAGUAUAAGAUCUGCAAGGACCCCAGCGCCCCCGGGCCCGCCUCGGCCUCCGGCCGGACCCUGCUAUCGGUAUGGGAGAACCCCAGCAAGGCCGGCGCCGGCUCCGGGUCGGGCGGCAGGAAGGGCCUGGGCAGGGGCACCAUCGAGCUGCGCAAGGGCUCGUGCAUCCGAGCCAGCGGCGAGGAAUACUGCAACGGGCACGGGCUCUGGGUGAAGCUGACAAGGGAGCAGCUGGAGGAAUUCAAGAUUGGCUGUGAUCUGGAGGAAGGCUGGGUACUCAUGUGUAAGCAUGCAGAUGGUGGGGACAGGCUGGUGCCAGUGGAAUCGAUGGAGAGAAUCCAGAGGCAGCAGCAACUCUUUGGGGUGGAUUAUAAACCUGUAAUCAGAUGGGAGCAGGUGGUGGAUUUAACAUAUUCCCUCCGUCUUGGGGCAAAGCCAAAAAUCAUGGAGCCAGAUGCAGCUGCGGUAGAGAGACUCCGAUUUGUACCACCCACAUGGAGCUACGAAUGUGAUGAGGACUUAGUGCAUUUCCUCUAUGACCACAUUGGCAAGGAAGAUGAGAAUCUGGGCAGCAUCAAGCAAUAUGUGGACAGUAUUGAUGUGUCCUCCUACACGGAGGAAUUCAAUGUUUCAUGCCUGACAGACAACCAUGCAGACACCUACUGGGAGAGUGAUGGGUCCCAGGGUCAGCACUGGGUCCGUCUCAACAUGAAGAAAGGGACCAUUAUCAAGAAGCUGUUCCUGACUGUGGACACAACAGAUGAGAAUUUCAUGCCCAAAAGGGUGGCUGUGUAUGGUGGCGAGGGGGAUAACCUGAAGAAGCUGAGUGACGUGGGCAUUGAUGAGAGCUACAUCGGGGAUGUGUGUGUGCUGGAAGACAUGACUGCUCACUUGCCUGUCAUUGAAAUCCGCAUUGUGGAAUGCAGAGAUGAUGGGAUAGAUGUUCGGCUACGGGGAAUAAAGAUCAAAUCUUCUCGGCAACGGGAACUGGGGCUCAAUGCGGAUAUGUUUCAGCCAGCCAACCUGGUGAGGUAUCCUCGCCUGGAGGGGAGAGAACCUGAUGUGCUCUAUCGGCGGGCUGUGAUCAUCCAGAGGUUUAUCAAGAUCUUGGAUAGUGUUCUUCACCAUCUUGUUCCAGCCUGGGACUACACACUUGGCACCUUCAGCCAACUCAAGCACAUCAAACAGUUCCUGUUGCUGUCCAAAAGACGUACAGUGCUAAUCACCCAGUGCCUCAAGGACUCAGAGACUAGCAAGCCCAACUUCAUGCCACGGCUCUAUAUCAACCGUCGCCUCGCCAUGGAGCAUCGUGACAAUCCUGCACUUGACCCCAGCUGCAAAAAACACAGUCUUCACUCAGGGACUAAACCUUCUGACAAGUAUGAGAAGGCCCUGGAUUACAGGUGGCCGCUGCGUUACGACCAGUGGUGGGAGUGUAAAUUCAUUGCUGAGGGCAUCAUUGAUCAGGGUGGCGGUUUCCGAGACAGCAUUGCUGAUAUGUCUGAGGAGCUGUGUCCUAGUUCAGCUGAGACACCAGUGCCGCUGCCUUUUUUUGUCCGCACGUCCAACCAGGGCAGUGGUACCGGAGAGGCCCGAGACAUGUAUGUCCCCAACCCAUCCUGCAAAGAGUUCACAAAAUAUGAGUGGAUUGGGCAAAUCAUGGGAGCCGCCCUGCGUGGCAAGGAGUUCUGGUGAGUCCUGGCCCUGCCUGGCUUUGUCUGGAAGCAACUGACAGGGGAGGAAGUGAGCUGGAGCAAGGACUUCCCUGCUGUUGACUCUGUGCUGGUGAAGCUACUGGAGAUGAUGGAAGGAAUGGACAAAGAGACCUUUGAGUUCAAGUUUGGGCAUGAGCUGACGUACACCACUGUGCUGAGCGACCAGUGCAUGGUGGAGCUUAUUCCUGGUGGCACUCGGACUGUGGUGCACUAUGAGGACCGCUUGGAUUUCAUCCGCCUGGUGCAGAAGGCACGGUUAAAUGAGAGCAAGGAGCAGCUUGUGGCCAUGCAGGCUGGACUUCUCAAGGUAGUGCCUCAGGCAGUAUUGGAUCUGCUCACUUGGCAGGAACUGGAGAAGAAGGUCUGUGGUGACCCUGAAGUUACCGUUGAGGCUCUAAAGAAGCUCACUCGCUUUGAGGAUUUUGAACCAUCAGAUACUAGAAUUCAGUAUUUCUGGGAGGCCUUGAACAACUUUACUAACGAGGAUCGCAGUCGCUUCCUGAGGUUUGUUACUGGAAGAAGCCGACUUCCUGCUCGGAUUUAUAUCUAUCCUGACAAAUUAGGCUCUGAAACCACGGAUGCACUUCCUGAAUCUUCCACUUGCUCCAGCACACUUUUUUUGCCAAACUAUGCUUCGGCCAAAGUCUGCGAGGAAAAGUUGCGUUAUGCGGCUUAUAACUGUGUGGCUAUUGACACAGAUGUGAGCCCAUGGGAGGAGUGAGUCUAUUUUGAGGUCUUGUCAACCAUUUCUUCUGUGUUACAUAGUUCCUACAUGCAAUAGUCUCUUACUAUCAAGAUCCAGAAAGCAUGUAUGUGUAUAUAAUAAAUUACCAAGUGUGA